CCCGACGAAACGGAAGCUGCGUUUCUUCGAGCAAUCAAGCGGCGGCGGCGGCGGCGGCGGCGCUCUAGGAUACGGCAGCCUUGCUCGUCGAAGCGAAGGUCUGCCUCGUUGGUGCGGCAGGGGAACCCGACGACCGCAGCCCAGCGACACCAAAAACCCUACCCCCAACUCUAAACCCUCCCGCCUCCCCUCACCCUCCGCUGCGGGCGCGCGGGUUCCGGCGAAUCGUGGGUCCCCCCUUCCGCCGCCGUGGCAGGGUUUAGAGCGCGGGGGUCGAAGGCGGCGUCCGAGAUGCCGUCCUUCUAUGCGGGUGCCUCCCCGCACAAGCAGCAGCCGUACCAGAGGCGGAGGCAGGAGAUUCGGCAGCAGCGGAAGUCGCUCCCCAUUGCGUCAGUGGAGAAGAGGCUAGUUGACGAGGUCAGGAAGAACGAUACACUGAUCAUAGUUGGUGAGACUGGGAGUGGCAAGACUACUCAGCUGCCACAAUUUUUAUACGAUGGUGGAUUUUGUCAAAAUGGUAAAGUCAUUGGCAUCACUCAGCCUCGAAGAGUUGCAGCAGUGACAGUAGCGAAGCGUGUAGCUGAGGAAUGUAACGAUCAGCUGGGCAAAAAGGUUGGAUACUCUAUCAGAUUUGAUGAUUCCACAUCCAAUGCAACAAGGAUUAAAUACAUGACUGAUGGUUUGCUUCUGAGGGAAGCACUUUUGGAUCCACUUUUGUCUAAAUAUAGUGUUAUAGUGGUUGAUGAGGCUCAUGAAAGGACUGUCCAUACUGAUGUAUUACUGGGUUUGUUGAAAAAAGUGCAACAUUCCCGAGCCAAUGCCAGUAAGAAUGGGAAGACUUUGCCUGACAUAUGGGGCCAUUCUCAAAAUUUAACUCAGAAGGCAUGCCAGGAAACAAGAUGUGCUCCUCUGAAGUUGAUAAUUAUGUCUGCUAGUUUGGAUGCCAAGUGUUUUUCUGAUUAUUUUGGUGGUGCUAAAGCUGUACAUAUUCAAGGUCGGCAGCAUCCUGUCGACAUACUAUAUACGUAUCAGCCUGAGCCGGAUUAUCUUGAUGCCACUCUAGUUACUAUCUUUCAGAUUCAUUUGGAGGAAGGGCCUGGAGACAUUCUCGCAUUUCUAACUGGCCAAGAGGAGAUUGAAUCACUAGAGAGACUUAUUUAUGAGCGUGCUCGUUUACUUCCACCAGAAAGUAGUAAGAUAUGGACUACACCUAUUUACUCAUCUCUCCCGUCGGAGCAGCAAAUGAAUGCUUUUAAGUCAGCACCAGCUGGAACCCGCAAGGUAGUUCUAGCAACCAAUAUUGCUGAGACUUCUGUAACAAUAACUGGCAUCAAAUAUGUUAUUGAUCCUGGGAUGGUAAAAGCUCGUGCUUACAAUCCUGUGACUGGAAUGGAAUCAUUAAUCAUCAUCCCAGUCUCGAAAGCGCAGGCUCUUCAAAGGAGUGGUCGUGCUGGACGUGAGGGGCCUGGAAAGUGCUUCCGAUUGUUCCAAGAAAGUGAAUUUGAUAAGCUGGUGGACUCUACUAUUCCUGAGAUCAAGCGGUGUAACCUCUCAAACGUUGUUCUGCAACUCAAGGCCCUUGGAAUUGAUGAUAUCAUAGGUUUUGAUUUUAUGGAGAAACCAUCAAGGACUGCUAUUUUGAAAUCAUUGGAGCAGUUAAUCUUACUAGGGGCUCUGACCGAUGAUUAUAAACUGUCAGACCCAGUUGGCCAUCAGAUGGCUAGGCUGCCUUUAGAUCCAAUGUACUCCAAGGCAUUAAUAGUGUCAAGUGAAUUCAAGUGCUUGGAAGAAAUGCUGAUUGUUGUAUCUAUGCUUUCAGUGGAAUCAAUUUUUUUCUGCCCACGCGAGAAGUUAGAAGAGGCAAGAGCUGCUAGGAAGGGUUUUGAAAGCUCGGAAGGAGACCAUAUCACCUUGGUGAAUGUCUAUCGAGCAGCUGCAGAAUGCUUGGAGAAGAGCAAAAAUGCAAAUGCCAAAGAGAGAACAAUGGAAAAGGCUUUGAACAGAUGGUGCAAGGAAAACUUUAUCAACAACCGCUCUCUAAAACAUGCUCUUGAUGUUCACAGUCAAAUUCAGGGCCAUGUCCAACAAAUGGGGCUCAACCUGUCAUCAUGUGGAGAUGACAUGGCUUUGUUUCGGAGAUGCCUCACGGCUGCCUUCUUCUUGAAUGCAGCAAUGCGACAGCCAGAUGGAUCAUACAGGGCUCUUGCAACAGGCCAGAGCGUUCAGAUCCAUCCUUCAUCAGUGCUAUUCCGGACCAAGCCGGACUGUGUCAUCUUCAACGAGCUGGUCCGGACGACGCAGAAUUACGUCAAAAACCUGACCCGGAUCGACCCAUUGUGGCUAGCUGAGCUAGCCCCGCAGUACUACGCUACCGAGGAUUGAUUUUCAUCCAUGGACAUAGUUCUGACCUUUCCGGAUCCUGACGUCCAACGAGAGUUGUGCAGUACGGACGGUGAAACAGCCUGACGACAAGGCUCAACCACCGUACAUGCAAAUCAAAUCGGUGGUUCCUCUGUAAUCCUUCUGGAACGUUUUCUUCCUUCCAGAAAUCAAAUACAACUGAUUCUACUAGCUCAGGGCAUUGUUCCACUUAUUUAGAUUACGUAUAAAGGGUUAUUUGUGGUGGUCUGCUAAAUUCAUGAAUCAUGAUGGCAUAUAAAAUAUGAAGAAAAAGAUUGA